AUCUCGAUAAUGCCCUCAUCUAUUAAUAUAUGCAGCUAUUAGGGUUUCUUGUUUGAAGACCCUAGCAAGACACAGACUUUGAGCAAAGCAGCCUCAUUUCUCCAAUAUGGCUAGAGGGUUGAAGAAACAUUUGAAGAGGCUCAAUGCCCCCAGGCAUUGGAUGCUUGACAAGCUUGGUGGUGCUUUUGCACCCAAGCCAUCGUCUGGUCCCCACAAGUCCAGGGAAUGCUUGCCAUUGAUCCUUAUUUUGCGAAACCGAUUGAAGUAUGCUCUCACCUAUAGAGAAGUCAUUGCUAUUCUUAUGCAGAGGCAUGUUAUGGUUGAUGGGAAGGUUAGGACGGAUAAGACCUAUCCAGCUGGUUUCAUGGAUGUUGUGUCCAUUCCUAAAACAAAUGAGGACUUCCGUCUACUUUACGACACCAAAGGGCGAUUUCGUCUCCAUGCCAUCACUGGCGAUGAAACCAAGUUCAAGCUCUGCAAGGUUCGAUCUGUCCAGUUUGGCCAGAAAGGUAUUCCAUACUUGAAUACAUAUGAUGGUCGUACUAUCCGUUACCCUGAUCCUUUGAUCAAGGCUAAUGACACCAUCAAGCUAGACCUUGAAAGCAACAAAAUUGUUGAUUUCAUCAAGUUUGAUGUUGGGAAUGUUGUCAUGGUCACUGGAGGGAGGAACAGAGGGCGAGUUGGAGUAAUUAAGAAUAGGGAGAAGCAUAAGGGCAGCUUUGAGACAAUCCAUGUUCAAGAUGCUGCUGGGCAUGAGUUUGCAACUCGUCUCGGCAAUGUCUUCACCAUCGGAAAAGGAACAAAGCCAUGGGUGUCCCUUCCUAAGGGUAAGGGUAUCAAGUUAUCCAUCAUUGAGGAAGCUAGGAAGAGGCUUGCUGCCCAAAAUGCUGCCUAAACUUUAGCAUAAGACAUCCAGAUAUGUAUUGCUGCAGUAGUUUUUUCUAAAGAUUAGCUGGAGUUGUUUAUUUAUGAAGAUGUGACCAAAAUUUUGAGAACUAUUUACUUCUUGCAAUUUAUCUUUUUUUCUGGGUGAUGUUUCCUACUUACCACCAGGCUUUAAAUUAUCGAAUACUCGGCCGUUUCAUGAAUAUUAGUGCUUUUGUUGGUUAAA